UACAAAGAUAAGCCGCGUGGCUUAAUAUGAAGUAGCCUAUAAUGUUUGCCCUUUUAAGAAGACUGAUACCGAGCUCCCGCGACUUCUCGUCACCUGAAGGUUAACAGAACAUGCGAGUCAUUCCUGAUACACCUCACUCAUUUUCCGCAAAAACUUUUGGAACAGUACAUGGAACAGAGGGGGAAUUAUGAAAGGAGCAACUGAGACCUACGACUCACGCGCAUAGACGCAGAAAGACAAAAAAAACAUGGGAAUGGCGAGCGAGAAUCUGCUCGUGACACUCCAGAUUCUGCCGGGGUUCUUCUCGAACUGUCUCUUCAUUGCCCUGUACGACUCGGCGCUGCUCGUGAAGCGCGUCGUGUCGCUGCUCAGCUGCUCCAGGUUCGCCAGCUCCAGAGAGUGGCGCCCUAUGCUGACCUCUGCAGGGCUUCGCUCCAUCUGGAACAGCUUCCUUCUGGAUGCCUACAAGCAGGUGAAACUCGGCUGCGAGGCACCCAACUCCAAACUGGUGAAGGUGCCCGAUGGCCCUCGAUGGAGCAGCAGUAUCAGUAGUAUGACUAAUGUGCCACCUGGUGCCAGGAUCCGAAAUGGAGAUGAGUGCCGCCUUCUGGAUUUUGAGUCAUCAGAUCGCCCUCUGGUGGUCAACUUUGGCUCAGCCACCUGACCCCCCUUCAUCAGCCACCUGCCUGCUUUCCGGCAGCUGGUGGAAGACUUCAGCGAUGUAGCUGAUUUCCUGCUAGUGUACAUUGACGAGGCUCACCCAUCUGAUGGCUGGGUGGCACCUCCCAUGGGCUCUUGCUCUUUCAAUGUCCGGAAACAUCAGAAUUUGGAGGAGAGACUAGGAGCGGCGCGCAAACUCAUUGAGCAGUUUUCCCUGCCACCGCAGUGUCAGCUGGUGGCUGACUGCAUGGACAACAACGCUAAUGUGGCUUAUGGUGUGUCCAAUGAACGCGUGUGUAUAGUGCAACAGAGAAAGAUUGCCUACCUGGGUGGUAAGGGCCCUUUUUUCUACAAUCUGAAGGCGGUGCGGCAGUGGCUGGAACAGAGCUACGGUAAACGGUAGGGACGAAGAAGGGCAGGCACAGAGGAGGACACAGCCCAUAUUUCAGGAGGGAAAUAAGUGAUUAUUUUGUUUUGGAUGAACAUAACGGCAAAAUCAAAAGGCGUGUUAUGGUCAGUGAGGAAAAGUACAUUUACUCAAGUACUGCACUUAGUGCAAAUGUGAGGUACUUGUACUUUACUUGAGUAUUUUCAUUUCAUGCUACUUUAUACUUCUACUGCACUACAGUUCUGAGGGAAAUGUUGUACUUUUUACUCCACGUUCAUUUGAUACCUGUAGUUACUAGUUACUUAGCAGAUUCAGAAAGUAAUACCAAAUAUAGUAAAACAUAAAUUGUGACGUAAUGUUAUGAACCAAGAUAAAACUUUAUUACGGUAGUCUCUUGGUAAAGCUCCCAGAGUGCCUGGAAAAAAUAAAAAAAUAAAAAUAAGACACACCUUAAAAUUGGAUAACAAAUGAAUGCAUUGAUAAAACUAUUUUAAUUAUUUAGUAUGCAUUAUUCUGAAGUGGGCCAUAAUGAAUACUUUUACUUUUUGUACUUUGAGUAUGUUUUGAUGCUAAUACUUUUGCACUUUCACUGCAGAAAAAUUUUGAAUGCAGGACUUUUGCUUUUAACAAAGUAUUUCUACACUGUGGUAUUCCUAUAUAAAUCAAAGACCUGAGCAUUCCCUCCACCACUGGUUACGGUGAUAUCAUCCCAAAAAGCUGUAAUGAAUUCAUUUCCAAAAUUUGUGGAUUGGCUUCCUUUAAUUUUGAAAUCAGGCCAAUUUUUCCACACAGCAUUCAAUUCAAACUGAGAUGAUGUAAAUACAUACAUUGACUUUAGCCGGGCAGAGAUUUUAUUGGAAUCAAUAUAAAAAUGACAGUGUAUAUGUUUAAUCUGUAUUUAUGUCUGCUUUAGCUGCUAAAAUCAUAUUUCAUGUGAUUUCAGUCAACCAGCUGUAACAGGGAAGAAAUCACAAGCUCCCAUAUUUAAAUAUGUAUUAUAAAGUAUGAUCUACCCUCAUCCAUCCUCCUUUGUUCAUUUGCACAGCAUUUAAACUUAUCUUUGCUCUACAUCUGUCUUCCUUCCCAUAAAGUCCCUAUCACCAUGGAGGUUUUUAUGUUAUCAAUACUGAUUCAAAGUAGAUUUAAUGAAUCUCUUUUGCCACUGAUCGACAGGAAAAAACUUGAAAAUGAAAGCAGAUCUUUCCAUUGUGGUCUAAGUAGGAAGCAUGCACCUGCUCCAAGUCAGUAUUUAGUAAAUGAAAACUUUGGGAGAGGUUCAUACAUAUGGACAGUGUAGUCCCCCUCACCAUUCCUCUUCAUAAAACUGCUCAAACCCUAGAAUGGCUACAUGGCUUCAAAAGCUACUAGAGCAUAUUCUUUCUUUCACUCUCUUUCCCUCUUCUACCUGAAGUCGUCUGUGGUUCUGACAGUUGAUUUUAUGACAAAUGUACACUGUCCAUUUCCAACAGACGUUACGUAGGGUUUUUUCUCUCUCCAUCCUCUGACUCUGGCUUGUCAGUGACUUCAGACUUAGACUAGACUAAUUCAAUCCUCUUGACUACGCGCAAGUGGUCUCUAAUUUACUUUACUUUAAUGUGACUUCCAGAACCGACAGGCCGCACCACCAAUCAUUUGCCCAGUUCUUAUUAAAAGGGAUGCACAUUUUUCUUUUUUUUAGAAGUGGCUGUGGCUCAAGAAGUAGAGCGGAGUUGUUCACUAAUCAUAAGGUCAGUGGAUCUGUACCACUUUGACACUAAACGGUCAGUGUCCAAAAAUGCUACCUUAAAGCUACUUUGAGUGUAUGUUUGAAACCAUUAAAAACCCCUUACUAUUUAAUACUUUCAUAGAUUCAGCUAGGUACUGUAUGCAUGCAUUGCAGCUUAUGACAUUUUAUGUUGGGAUUUUCUCAUUAGAAUCUUAUUCCACCAUAGUCCUUAAGAGAGGAGAGAGAAGAUGAUAAUGUUGUUGUUUUGACUGAUUCAUAUUUAAAUUGGAGUCACUUUCAGUUAUCACCGUGAGCUCAAAGCAAUAAGCUUUACAAACGGCAGUGUUUUGCAGAUUUUGUGAGGCCACACACAGGCUGACCUGGUCAGUUGGUGGAGGUUGUGUGGACUGAGUGCAGUACAAAAUGAAUACUCAGACAUUAUUCAUAUUUUUCAGACAAAAAAAAAGAAAGAAAAAUUUUGAAUUCUUUCAUUUUAUUCACUGUUAAAAUUCUCCUAAAAUUACACUUGAAUACAGUCAAAGAUUACUGUAAAGAUGCAAAUACCAUAUUAUUUAUCGUUUCUUUAUUAUUAUUAUUUUUAUUUACUUGAUUGAACAUCAGCACUGUCAGCUGUUUGUCAAUGUGAGUCCAAAACUUUGGAUCCAAUCCAAAACUGACACAUAACAGCUACUCAAACCAACAUAUAUACACAGAUUUCCCAGAAAACAAAAAAGAUACCUGGUUGAAAAGUGACAUGAGGAAAAUUAGACCUGGUCCAAAAGGAGGCUGACAGGCCCAAAUAGAGAGAGAGAACAUCAGUACUGGUAGAAGCAUACCCACUGCCAGGAACAUCAUUUUGAGUGGACCCAACACAACUGUGUAGGCAUGUGAUGUCUAGUUAUCAUAUUUUAUAAAUGAGGUUCAAUGUUUAUGUUUUUCUCUUUUCAAAUUUGUUGUAUGUCUUAAAACUGAACGUUUUAUUGUGAAGGUCACCUUUGAUUUUUUUUUUUUUUUGAUAACUUGAAACCAUUAAAUGUCCUUAAAUAUUUAAGUAUUCAACAUGUUAAGGUCAGUAACUCUUGAAAAAUCAGUAUGGCUAUGUGGUUGAGAUGGGUAUGGGAUGCUUCACACGGAUCUGUCAGUCAUUAUGCUGACGUGAUAGCAUUAAGCUCCACAGGACUCACAGAUGCUUUGCUCUGGUCGCAGUGACAGAAGUGUACCAAUGAAAACCUUUGGCGAAAGAGUCCCUGACUCGGUCUCUGGUUGGAUAAUGAACUGCACCUGGUCAAUGUGACAGAACCAUAACAUCUGUUUUCACUGUCAGACUGCUAAAACUAGUUAUGAUCAGUAAUUGAUAUAAACAGCUUUGUUUUCCAUUUAAUCUACUUUAUUACUGCUUAGUAUCAUGUUACAUUUUUCUAAUAUGUCAAAGAAGAGAAAUAACAAAGUGGAAAAUAAAGGAUGUUGUUUGCUGCUGAA